AGAGGGGAUAGAGAGAGAGAAAAGGAUGGAGAGAGGGGAUAGAGAGAGAGAAAGUGAUCUAGAAGAGGGAUAGAGACGAGUGAGAGGGAUAGGUAGAGAGGAGGGAUAGAGAGAGGAAAAGAUAGAGAAUGGGUAUAUAUAGAGAGAGAUAAAUAGAGAGCCACCAACAGAGAGAGCUGAGGAAAGAAAAUUGAGAAACGGAUAGCAAAAAAUAGUGAAAGCAAGUGAGAGAAGAGUGCAAGAGAAAGAGAGUAAACGGUGAGCGAGCGAAAACAAGAGAGGGCAAUAAGAAAGAAAAAACAGCGAGAAAGAUAAAGCAAUAGAGAUAAGAUCUAUAGAGUUGAAAGUUAUUGAACAAUGCAGAGACGACAGAGAGAGAGAGAGAGAUUAAAUACAGGGAGAGAGGUGAAUAGACCCUGGAGAUGGAAUAAUACAUUUAAAGAUGAUGUGUAAAUUAGUGGGACGAAUGGAUGCUUGUAUGGAUAAGUGUGAUGGGAGAUUCAGGAUCAACGAGAGACGGGCAGACGGGCAGAUUACCAGCGCAGGCAGACACCAAGGAUGGGACUGUUGCAGGUGGUCUCUUCCAUAUUAGGAUUCCUUUGAAUGAAGACUCAAUCCCAGUGAUUCUGCGACCAGAGAAACGAGUGAGAAUCGGCAGAACCCAAGGAGUGAAACUAAAAUGAGUAACCCCACAUUUUAUAAACAUCGUUAAACUGCUCAGACGCAGACAGGGAGGUGCAUACGGAGUCCUGCCAGGGAGCAGCUCUGGACACCAAAUGAGGGGAGCCAAACCCGCGGCUAUGCAGUGCUCCUGGAAGGCGGUGCUGUUGCUGGUGGCCGCCUCGUUGGCCGUGCAGUACACUGCCAUCCGGACCUUCAUCGCCAAGCCUUUCGCCAUCUGCCGGGUGGCCAAGCAGCGGGGCGGCUGUGAGCCGGGGAUGGGCGCCUCCUGCCAGCCGAGGCUGGGGGAGGGGGAGGAGGAGGAGGAGGAGGAGGACGGCGCGAGGAGCCGACCGGUCAGCCACAUCCUGGUGCUGGCCACCACCCGCAGCGGCUCCUCCUUUAUCGGGCAGCUGCUGAACCAGCACUCGGACACCUUCUACCUGUUUGAGCCGCUCUACCACGUGCAGACCAGCCUGAUCAACACCAGCCUGCGGGUGCGGCCCCCCGCCAACGGCCGCCGCCUGCUUCUCGGCGCCUAUCGCGACCUGCUGCGGGGCCUCUUCAGCUGCCGCCUGCAUGACCUGGAGGCCUACAUCCGGCCGACGCCCGAGCAGCACAGCACCCAGCGCCUGUUCCGCCGCGGAGCCAGCAAGGCGCUGUGUUCGCCGCCCGUGUGUGCCGCGUGGCCCUUGGGAGGGGAGAGGGCUGAGGCAGCUGCCGCCAGCGAGCGCUGGGAGGAGGGCGAGUGCGUGCGCCGCUGCGGGGCCCUCAACCUGACGCUGGCGUCGGGAGCCUGCCGCCAACGUCACCACGUUGCCAUCAAGACGGUGCGUGUGCCCGAGGUGGGCGACGUGCGCGAGCUGCUGGAGGACCCGCGCCUUAACGUGAAGGUGAUCCAGCUGGUGCGCGACCCCCGCGCCAUCCUGGCCUCGCGCAUCGACACCUUCCCCGACAGCUUCCGCGCCUGGAAGGUGUGGCGGAACAGCGGCCGCAGGCCCUACAACCUGGACGCCUCGCAUCUCAGCGCCACAUGCGGCGACCUGCUUCGCUCGGCCGCCACUGGCCUGGCCCGACCCCACUGGCUGAAGGGCCGCUACAUGCUGGUCCGCUAUGAGGACCUGGCCAGGCGGCCCGAGGAGAAGGCGCAAGAGAUCUAUCGCUUCCUCGGCGCCUCACUCGAUGCCAGCGUGAGGAGGUGGAUCCUCAACAACACGAGGGGCGCCGGCGCCUCAGGCAACCAUAAGUACGCCACGGUGAGGGACUCGGCCGCCACUGCCGAGGGCUGGAGGCUCAAGCUCACCUUCGAGAUGGUGGAGCUGGUGCAGGAUAUCUGCAACCUGACCCUGGUGCAGCUCGGCUACAGGAUGGUCAGCUCGGUCGAAGAGCUCCGUAACGUCUCCGUAAGUCUGGCUGAAGAUAGGACCUUUUUGCCCUAUUUGUAAUCAGGAAUAGUUUGUGCCAUUUGGUGAUAUAUUUUUGAUAUCUAUUCUAUAUAUAAUAUAUAAAUAUAUAUGAACUGUUCUUACGUUGUUGGGUAAGUUUCCCCGUUCGCACAGGCAGACACACACACAGGGUUGCCACUCAGGGUGCUAGCUAUAUGGAAUUUGCUGCCAGAGGAGGGAGUUCUGGCUGGUACGACGACAUUUCGAUGACGUUUUCCCAGAUGUUGGGCAAUCAAGAAUUAGAAGGCAUGGGUUUCGGGCGAAAGGGGAAAGAUUUAAGAGGAACCCAAGGGACAAUAUUUUCACCCAGGAGAUGUCCCAUAUAUGGAAUGAGCUGCCAGAGGAGGUGAUUGAGGCAGGUACAUGAAAAUGAAAUGUGUCGUGGGAUGUGGGCCAUAGAGGACCAGCUUAGAUAGACAUCUUGGAUCAGUAGGGACCAGGUGGUCUUAAGUGAUUACUUCCGUGCUAGAUGAUUCUAUUUGGAUAGGUGUACAGAUAGGAAAGGUUAGAGAGAUAUGGGCCAAAUCUGGGCAAUUGGGACUAGCUAUGGUUGCCAUUUUUGCCAGCAUGGAUGAGUUGUGCCAAAGGGCACGUUUCCUUUCUCCACCCUAACUCCUGUUGAAAGUAUCUUUAGAGGCAUUGAUCACUUCUCAUUACUAUGGAUCACCUCACCAAAUGAUUCAUCUGCAUUGUCCAAUAAUUCUUGAUUGCAAUCAUUCACCCUAUCCUUUCCCAUCUGCAAUAUGUGUACUAUGACUAACUAGAUUCCAUCGUCAAUAUUCAUUCCUUCAUCACUGCUGGACGCAGUGCAGUGUGGACAACAACAGUGUGGCCUCGGUGCAGUUAUCACGCUGGGCCUUUAUUCCAUUCGGUAUCACUCCAUGCCUACUUUCACAGCGUCUCCCAAACCCACAAUCUACAGAGUCCCUGCAGAAGGACAAAAGAUGCACCGGGAUACAACCAACUACAUGUUUCCCUCCAGGCUGUCCCGUGUGGUGCACAUGAUCCUAAACUGGGAAUAUAUCAUUAUCACCGACUCUCAGUCGUAAAACUUUCUCCCCUAGAGCACUGCAGGACUGGUGUUCAUUCCAUCAAUUAGGAAUUUGCAUUAUUUUUGUUAGUGAUGAUAACAUUAUGUAAAUCAAUAAAUAAAUGGUAAUGUUUGCAAAGAAUUGGGGACAAGAAAUAUUUCAGUCUUGCUUUGAUUUUCUCCAUGACUUGCCUGCAGCUAUAUUCUGAAGAUUAAUCCAUGCUGACUCCAAAAUGAUCAGUACAGUUGGCAACCCUAACGUGCACACAAACUUUCAAAUAAUUCCUGCUGAUAGAAGUAAGUUGUGGAGUCACAGGAGAUUUCCAGAGAGUUUCUUGGACAUGGUGAAAGCUCCAACAAUUUUACAAAAUAUCCCGACUUUUUAAUGUGGGUGAAUGUGUUUAUUAAAAAUGUGAAAUAUUUGAAUAUUUUUAAAUGCAUUGUAUCUUUCUAAAAUGUCAAAUGAUCUUGAAGAAAUCAACAUUGAAAUAUUUUUAAUACACCAGGAAGUUUCUCGGAUUUCUAACCCCCAACCCCUGCAAUGCUCUCUAGGUUUUGGUCAAUUAUUUUGUACAUUGUAUUAGAGUUCGUGCCAAACAAAUAGUUCAAGUAAUUGUGCCUGGGGACUCUGCUGAAGAACCAACCAGUCAUUUUAAAUAAUGUUGAGGGGAAACCUCAGAUUUGGCCAGUGUUGUCAAGUAUGUUAGCACACAACGUGCUGGAGGAGCUCAGCAGGUCAGGCAACAUCUGUGGAGAGGAAUAAACAGUCACUGUUUCAUGCCAAGUCUCUUCAUCGGGGUGAAGUGUCUCAGCCCAAACGUGGACUGUUUAUUUCUCUCCAUAGAUGUUGCCUGACCUGCUGAGUUUCUCCAACGUGUCUGUGUGUGUGUUAUUCUGGAUUUCCAGCAUCUGCAGAAUCUUUUUUUUUGAGUUUCUGUCAAGUAUGUUAUCCAUUUGCCACAUGUGGCUGAUUGACUAUCCAGACAUGUGGAAUGUUGUAUUAGAUUAGUCAAUAACAAGUGAGCAACUGCCACCAUUAGUGCAUGCUAUCUCAGUGUUCCUUUGCAUGGGGUAUGCAUGCAGAUAUUGAUAAUUUUUCUGUGCCUUGUUGUCAAAAGUAAGUAAGAUACUUACACAAAGUGUGCAAGUGCAACUUGAUCAUUGUGAAUGCUUCACAUUCAUCACUGACAGGAGCUGGAGAUUUUUCAGUUAUCUGUGAGUUGCAUAGACCUCUGUGUGUGCGUGUGUGUAUGUACGUGGUGUGUAUGUGGUGUGUAUUUAUGUAUAUGACUCUAAAGACAAUUAGUUCAUGUAUUGGAGACACAAGUGACUGACUGCGGUUGCUGAAACCAGUCCGGAUGAAGGUACUUGACCCAAAAGAUCAAGUGUUAAUUUGCCUGACCUGCUGAGUUUCUCAAGCAUUUGGCUUGUUGCUAGCGUAGGUAUUAUACUUGUGGCCACCAUCAGUUUCUACUUGACAACACUGGACAAGCACAAGCCGAGGUCUUUGUGAUCUCAUGUCACAACUGGCCAGUUGAUUCGAGUUUGAAACUUUUCAAAGCACUGUGUUCCAAUUUUGUUGCAACUCUCCGCACACUUCCUGGAGAAAUUUCCCUGAGCUUCUGAAAAAUGGUGUCCGAUCUACAAAGGAAUGAGACGGCGUGUGUUUUAAUUGGUGAAAAGCCACAGAAAUAAUGUUCCAAUAACGGAACACCUACUGAUAUUUAUACUGAAAAUGGAUGACUGGAAGGUUUGUUUAGAUGGCAGAGAUGGACUAGAAUAUCCUGUGGCUUCUGAGUUGGAAAACCUGCAUGUAAAGUAUUAAAUAUUUCUUUAAAGGCAGUUGCCUGAAGAAAUUAACUUGUGAACACCAGCUCUGAAUAGACUGUGCUCUACUUCCAAAAUGUAGUACCUUCACCUUUGUAUCAGGAGUUGAGUGUUUACGUUCCAGUCCAUAAUAUGAGCGGAAAAUCGGGGGCAAACUCAGAGCAGCACGGACGGACUGUUGUCCUAUGUAAGUGCUAUCUUCCCAAGGCAAAAUUAAACAGAGGAUCAAUAUUUCAAGCAGAUAACAAGUUCUUCCCAAUAGUUAUCAAUACAAGUAUGAGCCAAUCAUUUUCAUGGAAUUUCAGUGAUCUUCCCCGGGGCAGGACAGUAGCGUAACAAUUUACAGUCCCAGCAAAACCAGGUUCAAUUCCAGCUGCUGUCUGGGAGGAGUUUGUACAUUUUACUCAUGACUGCAUUAGUUUGUUUUUCCGGGUGCUCCGGUUUACUCUCACAUUCCAAAGAUGUAAAGGUUAGUAGAUUAAUUGGUCACUUGGGAUUAAUUAGGCAGCGCAGGCCUGUUACCGUGCUGUAUCUCUAAAUAAAUACAAAAAUAAAUAACAAAGACUACAUUUUUGAAGUAUAUCAUUGGCUAUGAUGUAUUUUGUGAUACAACAGAUGCUAUAUUAAUGCAAGUUUCUAUAAUUCUAUGUUUCUUGCGUUAGGAGCUGGAAUUUGCUAGCCAGGGUGUUUGGAAGCUCGGCAGUAAAGAAAGUUAGUCCAUAUUUCCUACUGUUCACCUCCAGAAGUAUAAUUUAAACCUUAUUGCAUUGCCUAUAUGCUUUGGAGUAUGACAAUGUUCCUUGACACUAAAAGGGUUAAAAUCUAUCCAGCUGAAGAAAGCUGAGAAACUCGUCUUGAAUGUGUGUCACCCUAUGUUGCUUUGGAUUCCAGAGUAGGUUAUUGUGAAUGGAAAAUCAAUUCCAAAAUAAAGUCUUGUGUACUCUGUAUUUUA